GUGCAGUGACAUGUCGGCCAACUCGGUCGCCUCCACGACGCUUGAGGUUCUGAGGUCUUCCGGCCACAAGUACGUCCAGGGUCACCACCAGCACGCGCGCGGGGAUUCCGUUCGCUUCUCGCUUCCAGCUGAGGGUGACUUGGGCUUGGCCGGGCCUCACAGGAAAACUGAGAGCCUUAGCCACGCCAGCCAAGCCAUUCCACGCACUCCCAUCGAGCUCCAUGCUUCCGCCUUUACGAACGCCCUCCACCGCAGGAUGACAUCAGCCGACCUCGAGAAAGGACCGUCGUCGUCGUUCGUCGACAUGCCAUUGCACGACGACGCAGCGAGCGAUGUGCGCAGCUUCAUCACCAUCAAUUCGUUGAACACCGUCAACUCAGCCUCUCCUUUACGUGGUGAUGAUGGGCGGCCGCCGCCGUCGCUGUCUGCGGGUUCGUCGGAAAGCAUGUGGCAAGGGUGGAGAAUCGUUCUUUUUGGCUCUUACCUUAACAUCCUCUUACUCCUAAUACCGGUGUCAUGGACGCUGGGUUUUGUCAUGAGCGAUUCAUAUACAGUAGUGUUCGUUCUUUGUAUUCUUUCUUUGAUCCCUCUAGUGCGGCUGCACGAUCUUUCAUCGAGGGAGCUAGCUCUUCGCAUCGGUGGAAACAAAACCGGACUACUCAAUGCAAGUAUGAGUAAUAUCGUUGAGCUGGUCAUUGCUAUCACUGCGCUACGCAAGUGUGAGCUCAAGGUCGUCCAGUCUGCAUUGAUUGGGUCUAUUCUCAGCAAACUACUACUCGUUCUUGGGCUUUGUUUCUUUGCCGGAGGAUUAAAGUUUUCCUCUCAAGCAUUUGACUCAACUGCGACGCAGAUUCAUUCGUCUCUCUUGAGCAUCAGCGUCGGCGCUCUGCUGCUUCCUGCUGCUUACCACUUCGCUCUGACCGGUACGCGUGAUGGAUCCUUGAUAAACCAGGGCGAGCAGAUAAUCAAGAUGAGUCACGCUGUAGCCAUCGUGCUGAUCUUUAUCUACGUCGCGUACCUGUUCUUCCAGCUCUGGUCGCAUACACAUCUGUACAAGGACCAGAAGAAGAAGAGCGAGAAGCUACGCGUAGAAGUGCCCACGGCGCCCGUUUAUCUCACAGAAAAGAUCCGCCAGGCCAGGGCCAAGGGUUCUUCGCUCUCGCUGUCUGGCUCGCGCUCGUCAUCGUACGGCUCGAUGCCGCCGAUGGGGCUCAGCACGGAGGAGCUCAUCAAGCAAGCCAGGAUGGGCGCGGACGACGCGAUGUCGACAAGGAGCAGCACACCGAGCAUCAGCCCGAGCGAAAUGCGGCCGUCAUCGUACUUCCCUGGUGCGACCUCCCACACCGACACCAUGAAUGCGUCGUCCGGACUUGUGCCGUCGGACUCGACGAAGAGCAUCCCACCUGAGCCGAGGCUGAGCUGGAUGCUCACGGUCGUGGUUAUGAUGCUCGUCACUGUCAUGGUUGCCGUUACUGCUGAAAACCUGAUCGAGUCUCUGGAUGCGUUGUCUGAUAACUCGGCAAUUAGCAAGGAGUGGAUCGGUCUCGUGCUGCUCCCCGCCGUUAGCGCCAUCGCCGAAUGCGUCACUGCCAUCAACGUUUCUGUCAAGGACCAACUCACGCUGAGCUUGAGCGUCGCAGUCGGGUCUAGCAUACAACUCACACUCCUUAUCAUUCCUUCAACUGUCAUCCUUGGGUGGAUCAUGAACCGACCCCUUGCGCUCCUUUUUGAUCCCUUUGAGUCUGUCGUUCUUUACAUCGCCGUGCAAAUCUCGAAUCACGUACUGGGCGAUGGCGAGUCCAACUGGCUCGAAGGCCUCAUCCUUGUCUGUCUCUACGUCAUCAUUGCCGUUUCGUUCUGGUACUACCCAGGAUCCGACUUCACUACUCUCCUAGGCGAAUGCCCCGGCAAGUAA